GGUUCAUUCAGUAUGGCCGCCUUCCAUUCAUAAAAAGGCGAGGCGCGGGCGGCAUGUUGCGCGGCGAAGGGAGGGCGGCCUCUCCCGCCGACCCGCACCCGCGGCCGACGCCAGUGCGGAAUGUGCCAUCGAACGGAACGGUCGUUUCGUCGGAGCGUAGCCCUAGCGCUCCCGGUUUUCCAUUAAAAUGUGUAUAAGAAUAAGUGCAGUGAAUCCGCACGAGUUCGGAACGGUUACAAAAAACGCCGUCGUCGAGAUUAGGAGUAGAAAUCAACGAAGAACUUCAGCGAGGAAGUGAGUAGCGGCCAUAUUGCAGUGAUAACCGCGCGGCGGGCGGACGAGAAUCGAGGCCGGUGCGUGGGCCGCCCCCCGCCCGCGCCAGGUGCCGCUCCGGACCGCGCCGGUCUCAUGAACCUUCCCGUGGAUUUGCGCGGCCGAAAUUCGGUGGUUCUGCCGUAUUUUUGUGUGUCAGUGAAUCUUUCGGCGCGGUUUCGGUGCGGUACGACCACUUGGUCGCCAGGCGACAAGUAGCCUCAGUGUUGUGUGUUGGGCGCUUGGCCCAAGUGCCCUUGUGUGUGGAGCGAUGUGUGUAGGAGAAGUGUGACCGUGGAAUGUCUGCUUCGUGGGGACGAUGAGGGAACAGGAAGGCGACGGCCCGGAGAGCCGUUAGCCGUACUCGAUGGAUGAGUAUGGCGGGCCGGCGGCGCCGCCCCGGCCGCCAAAGCCGGCGGCGCGCGUCCACAGGCCGACGGGCGCGCGCCAGCCCACCGUGUCGUUGCUGCGGCCACGACCUGAGGCCGAGCGCGAGCGAAACGCCUACGUGGAGGCUCCACGGCGAGCUCACGCCGUGCCCGUGCCUCCCCAUACGGCCGCGCAUCAACCUCUCAAGCCGGUGACGACGCAGCCGGCCGCCGCGGCCGACAAGCGGCGCGCCGGCGCCCUCCCGGCCGAUUCGAUAGUGUGCGACACGUGCGGCCGCUGCCGCUGCGAGCAGUGCGCGCGCCCGCGCCCGCUGCCGUCCCGCUGGCUGUGCGGCUCGUGCCUGUGCAGCGCCGAGGCGUGCGUCGACUACGCGUCGUGCAUGUGUUGCGUGAAAGCGCUGUUCUACCACUGCGGGAGCGGCGAGGAGGAGGCGGGCGAGCCGUGCGCGUGCGGGCCGCGGCUGGCGUGCGUGGGCGCGCUGGCGCUGCCGCUGCCGUGCCUGUGGCUGUACUGGCCGCUGCGCGGGUGCGCGGCGGCGGGCGCGGCGCUGUACGCGCGCUGCCGCCGCUCCGGCUGCCGCUGCCCCGAGCCCCCUCCGCGGCUCUCCAGUAUUAUCUAGUCCCGCCGCGCGCCGCCCGCGCCCUCCGAAGCGCCGAGUCGAGCGGCGCGACCGCGUUGUACAAAUAUUUAUUUGCGAGCGGAGAGCUUCGGACCGCGCGGGGGUGGACUCAGUGAUCGCUGUGCCUGGUGCGAGUGGUGUGUGGUGGCGCGGGGCCGGCGUCGGACGAGUGCCCCGCGCUCACUGAGUGAAUCGUCUACGAGUACCUUGUAAAUAUAGUCGUAUAGUGUGAAUGUACGUGAACGUGUCGCCCGAACGUCGAAAGUCUCAAAUUUUCUUGAGACCGUAACGUGUCAUAAGAAAACGUUAACGUUAGUAUUUUGGAUUCCACAAAAAUCCAGAGAAGAUUAAGAAAUGAGAUAUAAAACAUACUUAUUAAGAUGUAGAUAAUUUACCAUUUAUUUAUUAACUGAAUUUGUAUUUAUUUGUAAAUAAAACGACAACAUUAUAUUAUAAAUACGAAUGUUUACUACA